AUGCUUCUCAGGGCACCCAUAUCAGUUCCGGGUCUCGGCACUGCUACUGUCACCGCUACUCAGACAUCAGGCGUCAUCACCAUCACAUGUUCCACGUCGACCCUCACCCACUACCUCGUCGCCAAGGAGGGUGACAGCCUGAUUUACAUGGCCACCCACAUCACCGCCCAGCCUGAGAUUGGCGAGCUACGCUUCAUUGCUCGCCUCAAAAACGAUAUUCUUCCCCUCGAAUAUCCGUACGGCACCGCCUCCACCACUGGUGGUUCCACCUCCACUGUGGAGGGUUCUGAUGUCUUCGUCGUCAACGGCCAGACCCGGUCCAAGUUCUACUCGUCCGACCGCUACAUCGAUCGCGGCGUCCACUGCGUCCACGGCACGUCCCCUGAGGAGAUCCAUGCCUGCAUGAUCAUUCCGCAAACUGAGACCUCCUCCGGCGGACCCUUUCAUCGUGACAUUGAAACCAACAACAAUGGCCCCUUUACGGCCUUGUACAACUACAUGAACAGCGGUCACGUUCAGACUGAAGAGUACCGCAUGGGUCUACAUGGCCCCUAUGCUCUGAGCUUCUCUCGCUCCGGUAUCCCCCAAACUGGCGAUGUGGACUUCACCUUCAUGUCGAGCCUUGGCCUUCGCGACUACGUUGCUGCAGGUGGCCGUGGUCGCGUCUCUGGUCGUGCCACUGGCGUUCCCGGCAGUUUCAGCCCUGUGGUUCACUGGUACAACAAGGAUGCCCAGUACUGGACCACUGCCGGCUCCAACGGCGCCUUUACCUCGCCGGCUAUGAAGCCCGGCACUUACACUCAAGUCCUCUACCAGACAGAGUACAAGGCUGCCGAAACCUCCGUCACCGUCACCGCCGGCAGCACCACUACUCGUGAUAUUGCUAGCACAGUUCAGGUCCCAAGCAACUCGCUCUUCAAGAUUGGGGAAUUUGACGGCCAGCCCACCGGCUUUCGCAACGCAGACAAGUUUCUCCGCAUGCACCCCUCAGACAGCCGCAUGAGCAGCUGGACCAACUCGUACACGGUUGGCUCCUCCGCGCUGAGCGACUUUCCCAUGGCUAUUUUCAAAUCGGUGAACAACGGCGUUGUGAUCAAGUUCAACCUUGCCUCCGCUCCAGGUGCUGCAACCUUCCGCAUCAGCACCACCCUGUCCUUCGCCGGCGCACGUCCUGCUGUUCAGGUUAACACCUGGACCGCCGCCACACCCGCCGCGCCGCGUAACCUCAACUCCCGUGGCGUGACUCGCGGCGCCUACCGGGGCUUGGGCGAGCAAUACGACAUUGCUAUCCCGUCUGGCCAACUCAAGGCCGGGGCCAACACCAUCACCAUCAGUGUGGCUUCUGGCAGCAGCGGCGACACGUUCCUGAGUCCCAACUUUAUUGUGGAUGCUCUCGAGCUUUUCACGUCUUAG